AUGCCCAUUCCUGAAAGGGCACCCCUCCAUCGGAUCUAUCACUAUGGACUAUUGAGUCUCCUCUUCCUCCACACAUCCACCGCAGCGGGGAGAAGCAGCAGUGAGCAACGCGCAACAGCAAACCCCGGCUACAGUUAUGGCCAAGCGGUGCCAGUAACAUGUCUGAACCGGACGAUUGACUCCGGCGAACACAUAACCGACCCCCUGGGCAACCUCCAAUACAUCCCCUUCCCAACAUGCAACGAGACCUCCCAACCCCUAUCCCUCCACUACGGCGUCGCCGAACAGACCCUAACAUGCACCAUCGCCUCCCUCCCCGAUGAACUCUACCAUUUACUAGAGUACUACGUCCACUCGGACGUGCCCAUGACAUGUCGCGUGCCCACCGCACCGCUUCUCUCUGCCUCCCCUUCCUCUCCGGACAUCGAUAUCAUUGAUGAUGAUGUCUCCACCGGCGGCGAACAAGCCUACACGCCCAUUACCUUCGCCAUUCAGGGCACGCUACAGCUAAGCCAUCUGCAUAUAUGGACGGAUAUGAAUGUCCUGGUGCAUAAUAUGGCUAGUACGGAGAAGAAGAAGCGCAAAGACCCCGGGUAUGUGGUUGCGGGUACGGCGUAUAGUGUGCCUGAGUUUGAUAAUCGGGGGGCUAGGGAGCCUUGGACGGAGGGUCAUGGGACCAAGGUUGUGAGGGGGGAGCCGUUGACGUUUCGGUUUAGUGUGAAGUGGGUGGAGGGGGGAAGGGGGAUUGGGUGGCCUAGUGGUGGGGAUGGGUAUGAGGAGGAGGAGGAGGAGGGGGGAAGCUGUGGGGGGUGGUUUUCGAGGGUCGUGUUUUUUGGGUUGGCUGCGGUGGUUGGGGCUGUGUUGGCGGUUUAUUGGGAGAGGGGUUAUGGCAGGGGACGGGGGAGGGGGGAGGGUAUUUUGGGUGUUACUGGCGGUGCUGGGAGGAAGGGGUUUGGUGGGAAUGGGAAUGGGGUUAGGAUGAAUGGAUAUGGAGGGUAUUCGCCUGCGACUGUUGCUGUGGGUGGUGGUGGUGGUAGUGUAGGAGGGGGAGGAGCUGGGUAUGGAGGGUAUGGGUAUGGAGGGUAUAUGAGUGGGAAGAGGGAUUGA